AUGGCUGACCUCAGCACGAAACCCCGCUCAGGCCGGCUCCUGGAGACAGCAGCUUUUACCGAACUCGUAGACCGCUACAUCGAGGGUCACAUCCACAGCCACUCAGCCGAGCGUUUCGCUUUGUCUGGCGGCAUCAGGCUAGCUGACACCGAUCGGGCAGUGGUGGCCUUGAUGCGGGUCCCGCACCCUCCCUACUACGACACCAGUUUUAUCGCUAAAUAUUUCAAGACCACAAACUAUGAGCAAGCCCACAGGGAGCAGGUGGAACUGGAAGCCGCCAGUCUGCACCACGCAGGUGAGGCCUUCCAGCGCAAUAAUAACAUUUCGCGGUCCCCGAGAGUUUACAACCUUCGGCCGGAGCGAAAUCUUAUUGCUAUGGAGCGUAUCCGCGCGAGGGGUGUCCGCGAUAGCCCCCAGACGCGGUGGGCGAAGGAGAGAAUGAUCAAGUUUGUGAGGCACAUGGCUGUUGUGAGACUUGCUAUUCUGACCCAGGUGGAGAAUGAGCUCGGGGUUCCUCGGCACUCCACCCAUGGAGGGAGGGUUGGGCCUUAUUGCGCAUUUGUGUGGUGGGAUAUGGACAGGCACAAAUUCUGGGGCCGGAUCAACCGCGGUCCAUUCCCAAACCGCCACGAAAUGAUACUAGCCUCCCUUCGCCGAGACCGACUGGUAUUCAGAUGGAUGAGACGAGAGGGUCUAAUGGUCCCCGUCCGCUCGCACUUCCACACAUUCAACGAUAUAAUAGAGUACCUAGAAACGACAAUCAGGAACAUCGACCAGGUGCCCCGCCCAACCCGCCCGGAGUUUUUUUCCCUGAGCCACAACGACCUCCAAAAUGGCUUUAACGCUAUGGUGCGCGGUAGCAGAGUGGCCGCACUCAUAGAUUGGGAGGCUGGCACAUACGAACCUCUAUCCAUCUGCGUCAGCGACUUGGUCAACUCAACGGACUUCGAUCCCAGAGUGUGGAGGGAACAUGCAGGCCCGAACGGCGAAAACUUUCACGUUCUGCCCUACCGGUUGGAGGCAGACCCCAUUGAAGCGAACCUAGCACAUUCCACCCGGAGGGGCGCCGAGCGGAAACCGUUCCCAGACUGGGAAUUAAUCGACAAUAACGGGGGGCCGCUCGAUGAGGAGGACUUUUGCGGCGAUAAUUACCCCGAAGACAUCAGUUCCGACGACGACGAGAGCAUCGUGGAUGCUGCGGAAAUGCACUGCGACUCGGAUGUCGAUGCCGAGGUAGAAUGGGUGUUCCCCACGAUCCCCGGGGUUGAAGGCAUCACCAAGAAGGUGCCGGGGGGGAAGGGCGGGCGCCCAUACCGUAUCGAGAGGGAUUGGUACUACCAACCCGUGUACGCCCUCAUGAAGGAGUUCAUUCACCACCAACGUGGGGCGGGCUUGGGGCCGAACGGGGAGUGGGGGAGGCUGCCUGAGGAGUACUCUAGGCCACUAGCGGAGUGGGAGGAUCCACUGUUCGCGAGAGUCACAGAGAGCCACUUCAUCGCCAGGCACAACCAGCUUAUUGACGAGGAUAAGGUGGAUGGGGCGGUUGCUCAGGCGGCUCCUGGUCCUGGUCCCACUCCGAAAGGUCCUGGUCCCACUAAGAAAGGUCCUAGUCCCACUAAGAAAGGUACUUCUCCAGCUCAGAAAGUUCCCGCUUUAGCUCGGAAAGUUCCAACCCCCACUCAAGAUGUUCCCACUCCCAUCCAGAGUCCCCAGCCCAAAAUGCGCAAGACAAGCCAGCGAUGGCGCCGGGUGCCUACUCUCACCGGCAGCGCGCAUGACGACGCCGUGGUGCGACCAGAAGUCUCCCCCGAGUCGCCUGUAUCGAGUAGUAGUAGUGAUUACCUGGGCAGGAACCGCCCCCGACGAGUUAGGCCAAAGUCACCCCCAACCACCACCUGGAAGGCCAGUCGGAAUCGCAGCCCUAUUCCCCGGUCCGCGCUCCAGAGAGCACGGGAGCCGAGAAAAGCGAAGCAGUGGGCGGAGGUGGACCACCCGCCGGUGGAAGCCCCGCCCCCUGAUGAUGAUACUCUGGUGAAGGGUGUUAGGGAUUCCAUUAUGGCGAAGGUUAUGGAACAAUUGAUGGUUGGGCCGGAUAGUGAUGCGGGGGUUCCUCAGGGCGCGAGGAGGUAG